AUGAUUGCAGCUAUCAACGUACCUGAAAAAUUAGAUGAAAUUAUAAGUCAUUUCAGUAAUGUUUUUGAAAUGAAAACCUUAGGAGAACCGGAGAAUUUUCUGGGAGUGGAGAUUCACCGUGAAAGAAAUGAUUCCAAUGUUCCAACUAAUGCACGUUAUAGAGAGGCUAUAGGGACUUUGCUGUAUCUUGCUGAUGCAACUAGACCAAAUAUAGCAUAUGCUGUGAAUUUAUUGUCUAGAAGACAGAAUAAUCCAACUGAAGGAGAUUGGACCGAAGUCAAAAGAAUUUUCAGAUAUCUUAGAGGAACAACUGAUUUGGGUUUGUACUAUAGAGAUCGUGAAAAGUCGACUUCAACCAUAGGUUACAUAAUCCAAGUGUAUGGUGAUAUAGUAGCUUGGAGAAGCCAUAAACAGUCCUCUCCUGUUACAUCAACCUGUCAAACAGAAUAUCUUACCAUGAGCGAAUCUUGUAAGGAAAUAAUUUUCUUGGAUAAAGCGACUAGAGAUAUAAUAGGGAAAUCUAUGUAUCCAGUCUCUAUUAGAUGUGAUAAUAAAUCAGCCUGUAACUGUACUUAA